AUGCCAAGAUUAAGAUAUCUGAUUGCCAACAACAACAAUUUCACUGGUUCACUUCUCUCCAGGUUGUUCAACUCUUCUAGUUUGUCAAUCAUUGAUGCUGGAUAUAAUAGUUUUACGGACAAUUUCUCUCACAACCAACCCUAUUUCCCUAAUAUUGUAAUAAUGUCCUCGAAACAGAAUCAAAUGCACGGCUACUUACCCAAACAGUUUCGUCAAAUGCAGUAUCUACGUUAUCUUGAUCUUUCACAAAACAACUUAAUUGGAAAAAUUUUACCUUGUCUUCACAAUAUUUCAUAUUGGAGAUCUACAACAUCAGAAAAGGGCAUCAUAUGGAUAGAUAGCGUGGCGCUAUAUCCACGUUUAUUCUUCGUGUCAAAAAAUGUGGUCAAUCCAUAUGAAGGUGAUCCUCUACUAGGGAUGUCUAUCCUUGAUUUAUCAGUGAACAUGAUUGCUGGCAUCAUUCCUCAAGAAAUUGGAGAACUGAAGGGACUUAGAUCAUUGAACUUAUCAAAUUAUCACAUUCAAGGUUUUAUACCUAUGACAAUGGCAGAUAUGGAAACCAUCGAAAGUUUAGAUCUCUCACAUAAUAGUUUAAGUGGUUCUAUUCCUCACGAAAUGAUUCGACUCUCCUCUCUUUCAACUUUUAGUGUUGCAUUCAACAACUUGUCUGGUAUGAUCCCAUACGGUGGACAGUUCUCAACUUUUCUGAAGAGUAUUUAUGAAGGUAAUCCCGGAUUAUGUGGAAUGCCUCUUGAAAAGGCUUGUUCUACUAAGAAGGAUGGAGCGAAAAAGAUGAUAGAAGAUGGAGAAAACAAGGACAACUGUAAGGAUCUUAAUGAUGCUUUAUUUUAUUCACUUGUUACAGUAUCAUUUAGUUUGGGUUUUUCGGGGUUUCUAGCCAGCGUUUAUUUCAAUAUGAGUUGGAGGAGGAAGUAUUUCAAAAUCAUUGAUGAAUACUACAAUAUGUACCUAAGCAACAUUUGA